AUGAACAAGUACGAAGUACUCGGUGUGAUCGGAGAGGGAGCUUAUGGUGUAGUUCUCAAGUGCCAUAACAAAGAGACAAAUGAGACGGUGGCAAUUAAGAAGUUCAAGGAGAACGAGGAUGAUGAUCCCAUGGUGCGCAAGACAACACUGCGCGAAGUGAAGAUGCUGCGCUUCUUGAAACAUGGAAACAUCGUUGCACUGAAGGAGGCUUUUCGCCGGAAAGGUCGAUUGUACCUUGUAUUCGAGUAUGUGGAGAAGAAUCUGCUGGAAGUGUUAGAAGACAGGCCCAAUGGCGUUGACAGCGAACUCGUUCGCUCGUACAUCUUUCAAUUGUGUUGCGCAAUUCAUUACUGCCACACAAACAAUGUUAUACAUCGCGACAUCAAACCAGAGAACUUGCUCGUGAACACAUCGAACGGUGAACAUUCUCUUCGUUUAUGCGACUUUGGCUUUGCACGAUCGCUGUCUAGCAACGGUAACCCAUGUGACUUGACCGAGUACGUCGCCACGCGAUGGUACCGUGCUCCGGAAUUACUACUCGGGGACACCAAGUACUCUAGAUCUGUGGAUAUCUGGGCAAUUGGGUGCAUUAUGGGUGAGCUCAUUGAGGGCCAACCAAUGUUUCCAGGAGAAAGUGAAAUCGAUCAGCUGUACUUGAUUCAGAAAAUGCUCGGGCCACUACAGAAACGACACAUGGAGCUGUUUGCAACGAAUCCUCGUUUCUCUGGAUUAAAGAUUCCGGAAGUGAAAGCUCCUGAGACUUUGUAUCGACGAUACUGUGGUCGCGUAUCGAAGAAGGCGAUUAAUUUUCUAGAGGGUGUGAUUCGGCUGUGUCCUGAGGAUCGACUUACAAGUGAGGAGUGUCUAAAACACCCGUACUUCGAAGGGCUUUCGUGUUCCGCUUCUGUGGAUGGAAACUCAACGAGCUGCUCAACAGCCACAAGUGCAGCUCCAGAAGUCAAGCCUUUGCAAUUCAAUAUGAGCGAGAAGCAGCACUCAGGAGGACCCACGGCAGCGGACAAUGACUGCACUUCGCGUUGGUCAUCCGAGUCUUUUGAAACUUCAAGGAGUAAGUGCUGGAUGUCAAGUCGCGGAGUAUCUAAGGCAGAGGAAAAGAACCCGACGCUCUCAAAAGAAAAGCGUCGGUCAGGAAGCAGACGCAGUCGAAAGGAAGAGAAGGGUGGGAAUGGCCAUUCAACAAGCAACAGCAGUUUGAAAAAGUUGAACGACUCUGUAGAGGAUAUUUCAAGUUUUGCAGUUACUGCGUCGUGGCAACCAAGCGAAUGUGCAGCACCAAAAGAUGACGAUGGAGGGGCUACAAGUUCUUUAAGUGGGCGUCGCAAAAACCGCAAAAAAGGUAGUAAUCACCUUCCGAAGCAUUCUAGUGGUGGAGGCGGCAAAAAGAAGACAUGGCAUAGCAGCGACUCUGCAUCUUCGACAAAUAUGGGACUACAUUCAGGAGUCGGCAUCGCAACAGUUCGGCCAGUGUCACGACAGGUUCUGCUUUCGCAGCAAACUUUACCGCGUUAUCUGCCUCAUUUGAGUGGUAUCCAUGACAACGUCGGUGAUUUGUCAAGCUCGGUAGUGAUGUCUUCUAUUUCGUGUGGCUACGGUGCGGCAAAAAGUAUAGGAGACGAUGAAGAAGAGAGCGGGCUGGCUAGUGUCUACAACUUUCCAGUGUAUUCGCGCUCCACAUAUUCGAAAAAACAGUCCAAGAAACUCCGUGAGCGCACGUUAGACGCCCAGGAAUUGAUGGAGUUCAACUGA